AUGGCUGGCUACGCGGAUCCCGACGCGCAGAUGGGCGGAGGACCAGGCCAAUACGCGAACCAGAACGGCACACCACCAGCGCCCCAACAUCAGUUGACGGAUCCCGAACUGCGACUGCAAGAGAAUUUGCAACAGCUGCGUGAAGGAGGAGACAUGAUGCAUCCGCCUGGCCCCCAGCAACCCCAGUACCAGCAGAUGGCGCACAUGGGCCCGGCCAUGGCUGCGCAUCCACACUUUCAGGGCCCGGCCCGUCCAACGCACUCUCCACAGCAAAUGGCCCAACACGUCAUGAGCCUAGAGGGCCAUCACGACCACUUCGACCCCAACGAUCCUACCCGCAAGCGUUCAAAGGUCUCACGCGCCUGCGAUGAAUGCCGUCGAAAGAAGAUUCGAUGUGACGCCACAAGUGAAAACGGCCCCGAGGCGUGCUCUAGUUGCAAGCGGACAGGAGCUCGAUGUCAGUUUAGCCGCCAGCCUAUGAAGCGUGGCCCUAGCAAAGGUUACAUCAAAGAGCUCGCAGACCGACUCAACUCGCUCGAAAGCCAAAUCCAUCACCCUCCCAACCCUACGCAUACGUUUGAUUUUGGAUCCAUGGGAGACCAGACGUUUCCAGACACACAGAGCCCACCCCAGUUCAAGCGCCAGCGCACCCAUUCCAUGACCGAGGGCUUCCACGAAGCCUUCAGCCGACCGAAUUGGACUGCUCCAGACCGGUCCAACGGCCCCAUGGAAACACACGGUUUGUCUGGUCUGGGCGAUCAAGAAACAUCGCUCAACGACAACCGCGCCACCUCGUUUGGUGAUAUGAAUUUGGGCGGAAGUCUGAUCACUGGCUCCAACGAAGAAACCCUCAAGGCCUACUAUAACAUCAUACACCCCACGUUGCCAGUCUUGCCCCACCAUGAGUCGCAAUUGAAUCGGCUUACCAACUGCCCAUCAAAGUUGCGAGAGGCUUUUUUCAUGACACUGGAAGGUUGCAUCCGUUCACUCGCUUCAAAGGCCCUGCCACCUCUCGAGAUAAAUCUCAACCAGCUGCUCCAACAAUGCUUUACUUCGGUUGACGCAGCUAGCUACUGCUUGCAUGACUCGGACAGCUCGCGCCAAUUCUACAACCACCUGGUGUACUGCCAGUCCCUGAUUCUACUUGCUGCCGCCUCUGACCGACCUGGCCCAGCUAUUGUUGGAAGCACCACAGGAUUGUUGGGCAGAAUUUCAGCCUCCAUUGCCGACGCUGGUAUCAAUGAUGCGCGGACCUUGACGACGAUCAAGGAGCAAGACCUUGAGAUGUACCACACAGCGCGACGUGUCUACUGGACUGCCCUAAUACUAGACCGAUUUCACGCUUCGAGCCGCUCCAAGGAUAUGAUGAUUCGACGGUACGGUGGGACUCUUUCCAAGGAUGAUUAUACGGCACUUGGCGAAGUCGGCUACUACCUUGCUCGUGCUGCUCAAAUCGUAGGUCGUAUAGCGUACGUGAACCGCGCAGGCAGCAUACCGAAUGUUGACUCUUCAUCUCCUUUUGCCUUUUCUGCGCUCAAACCAGGAACUGCCGAAUCAGAGUACCUCAAUGUGGUGCUGGAUGAAAUCAAGCAAUCCAUUGAUCUAACCAGCUUGACGCAAAACUCACCUCCUCAUCUAGCACAUCAGUAUCUGCGAGUGUUCAUAGCCAGGCUUUCCUUGCAACACAUUCCUUCUACAGAGGUUCUUCAUGCUACCCAAGAGCUUCUCAACAACCUGAAGAGCGGCGCAAUAACUCCAUUGCACCACAUAUUUGCCGCACUAGUAGCAACCUCGCUCACCGAACUAUCUGACCGAGUCGAGACACAAGUAGACGCACAAUCCAGCAUCAAAGAAAUGAGCGAUGCUCUAUCUAAUGGCCAGAUCAUCCAUCGCAGCUCUGACGGACUUGGCUGGGAAACCGCCAUCAGGGAUCUGCUACAUCAAAAGAAGGCUUCCACGCCCCCUUUCAACGGUCCAGAACAAGCCAGUCCUCAACUCGAACCCAACAUGGCCGGCCUUCAGCACCUCGCCGCAGCUGCAGUAGGCGAGCGUGAAGGAACCGGUGAGACGCGCCCGGGAAGCUCGUCCCAGCAAAAAGUAGACAAUGACCUUUCUGCCGCCAUGGCUGCCGCCAACGAAGCUGCCAAAGCACAGGCUCAAGCGACUGCUGCUGCAGCCCAAGAUCUGUUCCACUAAGGUUUUUAUCGUUAUGAGCAAGAAGUGGACAUUUUCUAAGCUUGACGUUCACGUCCAAUAUAUUAUACCCCCCACCCCUCAACGUUUUUUUCUCUCCUCCAAACCUCCUU